CGCGACAGGCCUGCACAGGUGGAAUUCCAUUGCGACAUUACUGCCGUCGUCGCAGUAAAUUACUAAAUAUCGCUAUUGUUUUUGUUUUUUUAUUUAACCGUCUAAACUCUUAAAGAUGAGUAAAUAAUAUGUAUGUUGUCCGCCCACUACUGCGAUGACGGCGUCAAUCGUUUUAAAACGUCGUCGACUGCUGGAUUGUUCUAGUUUUCUCAGUGCUUUUCAAAAUUGCUAUCUAAAAAUGUUAAUGGUUUAUGUUAAACCGUCCAGUAUUCAACAGCAUAUGGUCAUCAGCAAACUGGUGAAGCUGUAGCUAAACGACAGUAAUACACAUUCCUACACAGCAGUGACAGGUUUUGGCUAGGAUGAUGGCGCCGAAAAUACAAGAAGAAAACAUAGUUAACAACAACAACAAAGGCGACAAUCCGAAAUUUAAACUUAGCAUUGAAGACACUGCCGUUCACGGCGGCAACACGGAUUCCAAUUCGACAAAUAACAGCCAGUUCUCGAGCAUGUCCGAAGAGGAGAGUUACGAGUGCUACGGAGAGGGGGAAAACAUGGAUACGUCAUCGCCCGUCAUUAACACAAAUGACAUAGAAUGCAACGGUCCAAACGUUUUGGGUCUGAAGAGGAACACUUGGCUAAGAACUAGUUUAAGAAGAACCAACGGAAACAACACCGAAGUUUUACCUAAUAGAAAAUGGGGUUCGAUGAGACAUUCGUCGGGCAAGAGGAUUAGCUCGAACGCUCUCGCCAGUGAACUUUACCGAAGCUCGAGUUUCAAUUCGUCUGGGCGCAGUUCCAUUUGUGACACUCCGGACGAUGUAUAUUCGGACACGUCCAUCGAAGAGGACGUUCACGACCUCAACAAUAAGGUACAAGUGUUGCAGAAACAGAUGAAUGCAUUAGCGGACAAUCAGAGUUUAACGGACGAACGAUAUGCGCGCACCAAAGAAGAAAAUGCAGCGUUACAAGCUCGGGUUCAUAUGCUUGAAGAGCAGCUACGUGAUACCGAACUCAGAUACGAAGAGAGACUUGCGUCGGAGGAACGAAGACAUAGAGAACUGGUCACACGAGUUGACAGGGAAAAACAAUUGCAUAUUGAUAACUGUGCCAUAAGACUUCAAAAUAUUGAGGCGGCUAAUGAAAAUAUGCGACAAGAGGCUGAAAAAUGUAAAUUAAUGUUAGAAACAACAAGGAACGAAAAAAUCGUUCUAGAACAGCGUGUGGGAGACCUUAACAUCAGUUUGCAGUCUUUUAGAGAUGAAAUUCACAUUUUAGAAGCCGAACUAAGAAAACAAAAACAACGAGUGAGAGAAAAUGAAGAGAUUAUAGAAGGCUUGACUAAAGAAUUAGAAGCAUCUAGAUUAGAAAAAGAAGCUAUGGUCACUAAACUUCAUUCCCCAUCACCGUACGUAACCGAACUGACUGCUCAAUUAGAGUCGUUAAAACAUCAGAAUCGUUCGUUAAAAGACUCGUAUGAUGAGUUACAAGCAUCUUCAAUAGCCAAAGGUAUUGAACGAGGAAGAAUGUUGUUAACCGAAUCUCCGAGCCUAGCAUCUGAGCUCGAUGGAUUGACUCAUGAAGAUCACAGUCCCUCGUCUUUGCAAAUAAAUAAGAUGAAAAGCGCUCUUAAGGAUCAACAAGAAGUAAACGAUCAGCUUCGUGCUUAUAUCGACAAUAUUUUAUUGAAUAUUGUUGAAAAUCACCCAGAAUUAUUAGAAGUUAAGCAAAAUUUGUAACAACAUAAAUUACGUUCCUAUGUGGUGGAAUCCUCUCAAUGUUUGUUUCUUUGAAAUUAAUUUUUUGUUUCAGUAUUUUGUGUUAAAAUAUUUUCAUUGUGAUGCGAGUUAUCUACCUAUUAUUUAUUAUUUUGUCCCCACCUUUUUCUCAAAUUCUAAUAAAACAAUUUUAGAAAAAAUGUUUAUUUUAUUUUAUUAAAUGAUAUUAUACUGUACAUAAUUAUUAUAUGAAAAAAAGGUGAGAUAACCAUUUUCUAUAUUUUAAAGAGAUGAUAGAUUAUUUGUAUGAUAAUAAUAUCCGUCCGUCCAGUUGUAUAUUUAUAUUAAGAUGUUGUCUAAUUUUACAAAUGCAUUUUUAUUGUAAACUUUUUGUUUUAGUUUUUGUUUUAAAGAUAUUGUAAUAUUUACUAAAUAAUCCGUUAUACUAUUAUUAAUAUUAUUUUAUAACAAUGGAUUAUUAAUAUAUAGUUAUUUACUGUUAUCUAUAUAAAACAGACUGUGAUGCGGUAUCAUAUUUAGCCGAUUUUAUAAAAUUGAGUCUUGUGCCAGAUUCACUAUCAAUAUAACAGUAUUUUUAUAAUAAAA